CGAAAAUAAAGCCACAAAGAAGUGAGGAGCGGAGUAGUGGCGUUGCGUGGAUACAUGGUGAUUUACCGCACCUCAUAGGUGGGCUUUAAGCUAAAGGAAGCCAGUUCUCUUUCCUUUGAUAUUUUUUAGUGAUAAAUAUGACGGAGAUGUUUUCAAAUCUGUUUGGGCAAACCGAGGCUCAGGGACCGCCUGGGUCUUCGUCUUUAGCCUUUGGACCAGGGAAACCCCCACCACCAAUGCCUCAAAACCAAGUCCCUAUGGCGGGGCAGAUGCCACCACAGCUCGGGGAUGAAGGCCCUGUUCUGCGGAAGCCCGGAGUCAUGAACGAACCUUUUUAUUUACUACGAGAGCUUCCAGUUGGAAACGAAUUGACAGGAAACACCAACCUCAUCACACACUACAACCUGGAGCACUCCUACAACAAGUCCUGUGGGAAGAAGGUGAAGGAGAAGCUCAGCAGCUUUCUGCCAGAUUUACCAGGUAUGAUCGACUGUCCGGGCACUCAGGACGGCAGCUCUCUACGCUCUCUGAUAGAUAAGCCUCCCGUUUGUGGGAACUCGUUCAGCCCGCUGACUGGUGCUCUGCUCACAGGAUUCAGACUACAUACAGGACCGCUUCCAGAACAGUACAGACUGAUGCACAUACAGCCCCCAAAGAAGAAGAGCAAACACAAACACAAGCACAAUCGACCACAGGACCCCCUCCCACAAGAAACUCCGUCAGACUCUGAUCCCAAGAAAAAGAAGAAAAAGAGGGACGAUGAUCCUGACCGCAAGAAAAAGAAGAAAGACAAGAAAAAAAAGAAGAACCGCCACAGUCCAGACCACCCGGGCCUCACUGGAUCACAACCCAACAGCAACAGCCUCAGAUAGACAGAAGCCCACUGUGUGUUUGUGUGUGUGUGACUUUUGUAAGAGGAUGCAUGUGUGUUUUACAGAUAAAUGUAUUAAGAGUAUGUUUUAUGGAAGUAAUGGAUGGCUGCAGAAUGUGUGCUGAGUCUGUGGCCACUGGGUGUAAAUGUUAUGAGACAUUACAGAAGAAGCAGAUGAACCAUUGAACAGUGAGAGUAUGUAUUUCUUUAAGUUUAUCUUUUGACCACAAAGCCAAAAUCAAAUAAAUUUUGAUUAUCUUUG